AUGGUUGUUAAAAAAACGUUUUAUUGUUGCGUAGUAAAACAGUUAUGUAUGAAAGCAUUUGACAAAAUGUUUUACUGGAUGCUGUUUGACCAAGUAUCAACAGAGUCUACAACAAAGCAUGAAAUCUAUUCAGUGAUUAAUACUAUAGACACCGGUUGCAACCGACUAAUUUUCUCAGUUCAUGUACAAUGUAAUCAGGAUUUGGUGGGUUCGUUAAAACUCGCUACACUAAUUGAAGAGAAAAUUACCAACAAUCGAUUCACACUAUUUACAUUAAAACAUGACUCAACACUCAAUAGUGUUGUGUAAUGAUCGUCACUAAAAUCAGAGGUAACAUUCCCGUCGGCAGAUGAAUUUCCGGCACAGCUACUGGACAAACAUUAUUCACCUCUGUAUUCUAACAUGUACCUCUUGUCAGAAAUUACUCUUUUGCAAUUACCAGAUAUCCAAUAGGGAUAUCUACACUUACCAGUUUUUCUGAUAAAAAGUUAAUGAUAACCCUAUUAUUUAAAUGCAAAGUACCAUCAGAAGUAAUGAAUAUUGUUUAAAUCUGGAAACACCCUCUGCAAAGAUGCAUUUUAGAAGAUCCUUCUAACGUUUUCAUAUA